CAUUUCUCCACGAUUUACAUCUUUAGAUUGUCCCACACUCCGCUGGUAGUGUAAGAAAGGUGUCCUCUUGCCGCUGAUGUUAGAAUAAAGGCCAAAACUGGCUAUUUUGGGGUGGAAAAAGUGUGAUAAACUUCAAGAUCUCUCGCAAGGACAGAGUCACUAAUUCUGACACGCCAUCUUGAGAAGUGCAUUGUGGGCUAGAUUGUUAACCUUUAACCUAUGGACAUGCAAGGGGCGUCUGCUAGCCUGACUAACUUUUAAAAUUUGACGAUUUCUUUCUUUUGUGAUGUUUUUACAACAGUUUGCUGCAAUUUUGUUUCUUCAAUUGGAGGAUCAAAUAGUAUAAGAAUAUGUAAUGCUUAAAUUCUGUUGAUAAGUUGCAUCUGGGAUCUAAAAAUAAAGGUAUUCUUUGUGGAAGUAUGGCGACAAGUUCUCGAGCAAAUAACAUGGUGGACAUUGCUUCUGACGGUGAGGAGGACUUUGAAGAUUGUGUGGAAGAAGUUGUCUCUUAUGAAGAUGUGAACACAAGUCCAGGAACAGACUCAAGAUCUGAAAGAAAUCCUCAAGAAGAAACGAAGAAUGAAGAAGAGGAUCCUUUGGCGAGAUGUACACCCCCCUCCCACAACAGUGUGAUGAUCUGGUCCUUGGAAGAAGCGCUGCAGCGCCAGGUCGAACAGAUAGGGGUCUCUGCAUGUGGAGCCACCGCAGUCAUUAAUGUCUUGUCAGCUCUUGGCAUCCCAUGUGACCCUGAGGCUGCAGACCUGACGAUUGACACACGCCUAAGAGAGGAGGACGCCCCCCUCCCCCAGUACCUCUUCUCUAGAAGUGUGGCUGGCACCGUGCACCAGGAUUUGAUAAAGGGAAUGACAACACUCACUAAUGGUAGAGUUGUGGGAAGGUUCUUUGACUUCCAUCCGGAGAGAGAAGUGAAUUUGGUGCAAUGGCUUGGGCACUGGAUUGAAAAAGGUGCAGUUCCCAUUGCCACUAUGAACAUGCAGAGAGGCGUGUCCCCAGGUGAACCUAUCCCCGAUGCCUGGCACCACCAGAUGAUUUUUGGGGUUGGUCCGGAGGGAGUCCACAUGGUCAACCCACUCAUCACAGAAACGAUGGAGUUAUUCAAACACCACAUCUGUAGUGAGUCAGUCCUGCUGGUCCGUCAGGCUGACGUUGUGACCAGGUGCAGCGGAGCAGACCUGAACCUGCUGGAGACAGGUGGGGACUCCAGGUGGAGCAACAGGUGGCAGGACAUGCGGGUGGCAGAACAAUGUAUGGAGAUGAUGAUGGAGACUUUACUGGCGUACAAGGGUGACAUCCAGCUGGCUCAGCUGACCAGGACCCACGUCAGGAUCCCGGCGGCAUACAGGUCCGGCAUCACCCUCUUCAUGAAGAGGGACACCCCCGAAUAUCUGGAAAUGUUGGAGUCUCCCGGACUUGCACUAAAACAGAUGCAAAUUACAGCAUGACCAUCUGGAUCUGGUGUUGCUGAAAACAGCACGUCGGCAGAACGUACUGCGCCUGCGGAGAACCCUGUAUUUUCACAGUGUUCUGUGGAUUUU